ACAAACCUUCCUGCGCAGGCCCCAGGCUGCCUUCCCGCCUGGCCUGUGCACCAGCCUGCCUCUCCUGCUGGCUACUGCCUCCCAGCCGGGGCUGGCAUCCCUGCUCUCAGUCCUGCAGCCUGGACUGUGUCUCCAUCACCACAGGGUUGGCGAGGGGCCUGCCGGACACCAGGGCCCGCCCUCCCAUCCCUGGAAGGGUACUGCUCCUUCCUCAUUUUGCUUCUGAUUCUAGCCCCAAACAAAACAGGUUGAGCCCUUUUCCUCCCUCCGGCAGCUCCUCUCUGGCUUUCGGCUGCCUUCUGAGCCGCUGCAGACGGUGCCGGCCAGAGAGGGGGGGGCCUGGGCCAGCCCUGUCGGGACUGGGACGGUGCGCCUGGCUCCUGGCCCUCGUUCAGCCCUGUCUGUGGCAGGAGAGCAAGCUUUGCCGUGGCAGUUGCCUGAAGAUGAUGCCCCAGCUUCAGUUCAGAGAUGCCUUUUGGUGCAGGGACUUCACGGCCCACACAGGCUAUGAGGUGCUGCUGCAGCGGCUGCUCGACGGCAGGAAGAUGUGCAAGGACGUGGAGGAGCUGCUGAGGCAGAGGGCCCAAGCAGAGGAGAGGUAUGGGAAGGAGCUGGUGCAGAUCGCCCGGAAGGCAGGCGGCCAGACAGAGAUCAACUCCCUGAGGGCCUCCUUUGACUCCCUAAAGCAGCAAAUGGAGAAUGUGGGCAGCGCCCACAUCCAGCUGGCCCUGGCCCUGCGUGAGGAGCUGAGAAGCCUCGAGGAGUUCCGUGAGAGGCAGAAGGAGCAGAGGAAGAAGUAUGAGGCCGUCAUGGACCGUGUCCAGAAGAGUAAGCUGUCUCUCUACAAGAAGGCUAUGGAUUCCAAGAAGACAUAUGAGCAGAAGUGCCGGGACGCCGAUGACGCCGAGCAGGCCUUUGAGCGCAUUAGCACCAAUGGCCACCAGAAGCAAGUGGAGAAGAGCCAGAACAAAGCCAAGCAGUGCAAGGACUCAGCCACGGAGGCAGAGCGAGUGUACAGGCAGAACAUCGAGCAGUUGGAGAAGGUGCGGGGUGAGUGGGAGCAGGAGCACCGGACCACUUGUGAGGCUUUCCAGCUGCAAGAGUUUGAUCGAUUGACCAUCCUUCGCAAUGCGCUGUGGGUGCACUGUAACCAGCUCUCCUUGCAGUGUGUCAAGGACGAUGAGCUCUACGAGGAGGUGCGGGUGACGCUAGAAGGCUGCAGCGUGGAAGCCGACAUCGAUGGCUUCAUCCAGGCCAAGAGCACAGGCACUGAGCCCCCGGGUGAGGCCCGGCCUGCAGCUCCGGUGCCCUACCAGAACUAUUACGAUCGGGAGGUCGCGCCCUCAUCCGGCAGCCCUGGCGUACAACCAUCUUGCGGUGUGAUAAAGAGGUUCUCCGGGCUGCUACACGGAAGUCCCAAGACCGCAUCAUUGGCAGCCUCUGCAGAGACCCUGACCCCAACCCCUGAACGGAGUGAGGUUGUCUACUCUGCCAUCACGGUGCAGGAGGCGCCGGGCCCCCCAAGCGUGCCAGCACAGGGCUACAGGGUGCUCUACGACUACACGGCCCAGAAUUCCGACGAGUUGAAUAUCUCUGCGGGAGACAUCCUGGAAGUCAUCCUGGAAGGGGAGGAUGGUUGGUGGACAGUGGAACGGAAUGGGCAGCGUGGCUUUGUCCCUGGUUCCUACCUGGAGAAGCUCUGAGGAAGGGGCAGCAGCCCCCACCUGGACCUGCCCUGCCCUGGGGCCAGCAGAGUCCUCACUGCUGCCCCAGCCUUGCUGGGGCCCUAAGACCAAGCCAACACCCCAGGACGUAUGCUGGAGGCUCCCUGAACAGUCUCUCCCACAGGGAAUAAAGGAGUGCAUUUUUUCUCAGUC